CCUCCCUCUUUCCUCCCUCUCUCUCUCUCUCCCUGCUGCCUCACUCAUUCCCUGAGCAGCACGCUGAACUGGAUAACGUCUCCUUCAACCCGCAGCACAGACUCAUUUCUCUACACACCAGCUCUGAGUGGAUGCUCAGCAGGGGUGUUUGAGAUAUUAGCGCGCUGUGGGGGGAAAAACGGCUCAGGGACUUCACACUCCACACACAAAGAGCCGGCAGUCAGGAGGAAUAUGGGCAAAUCCGAAAGCCAAAUGGAUAUCAUGGAGAAAUCAAGUAAACCUGGAAAGCGUCGUUGGACUGUUGCAGAAAUCGGUCUGUCCGUCCUGCUGCUGUUGGUCAGCUGUGCCUUGGCCGGGCUGGUGGUCCUCUACACAUCGGUUGUGAAAGAACAAUCUCAGAACAACAGGAGCGUGUCAAGGAGCUCAACAGGAGAAGGCCAGCUGUUUCGCUCUACCCUCAACAAUGUGUGCACAACAGCGGACUGUGUUACUGCAGCGGCUCGGCUCUUGCAGAACAUGGAUAAGUCUGUGAAGCCUUGUGAUAAUUUCUACCAGUACGCCUGCGGGGGUUGGCUGGAGCGCCAUGUCAUCCCGGAGACCAGCUCCCGUCACAGCGUCUUUGACAUUCUGAGGGACAAGCUGGAGAUUGUCCUCAAAGGUGUUCUCGAGAUGGAGAACGAGCGGGACAGGGACGCCAUCAGAAAGGCCAAAAUCCUUUACAGCUCCUGCAUGAAUGAGAGCCUCAUAGAGCAGCGUGACUCCCAGCCCCUCCUGAAGCUCAUCGAGAGCAUCGGAGACUGGCCCGUGGCGUCAGACAACUGGAACACCACCACAGAAGAAGCAUGGAGCCUCGAGGACACACUGGCCACUCUCACUGCUCGUUUCCAUAAGAAGGUUCUGCUGGAUAUGUACGUGUGGACGGAUGACCGGGACUCUCGCCGUCACAUCAUUUAUAUUGACCAGCCAGGACUUGGAAUGCCAUCGAGAGACUAUUACUUCAAUGAUGGAAACUACAAAAAGGUUCGAGAGGCCUACCUACAUUUCAUGGUUUCUAUCGCGAAGAUAACCCGAGAGGACAGGAACCUGACUCAGGAUGACGACCAUGUGUGGGAGGAAAUGAUGCAAGUGCUGGAGCUGGAGACAGACAUCGCCAAUGCCACAUCACCAGCAGAGGAGCGCCAAGAUGUCACCGUUCUCUACAACAAGAUGACACUCGGUGAACUACAGAGCACAUUCAGCUUCAAUGGUUUUAACUGGACACGAUUUAUUCAGGGUGUGCUGUCGAGUGUUUCCAUCGAGGUCCAGCUGGAGGAGGAGGUCGUGGUGUACAGCUCUCCAUACCUUGAGAAGAUGAACGACGUUCUCUCCAGACACAGCGUCAGAACUAUGCAGAACUACCUCACCUGGCAGCUCAUCACUGACAGAGUUAACAGCCUGAGCCGCCGCUUCAAAGAAGCCAGAGCCCGUUACAGGAAGACUCUCUAUGGUACCACUGUGGAGGACGCUUGGUGGCGAGAAUGUGUCCGUUACGUCCAGAGCAGCAUGGAGAACGCGGUUGGAGCUCUGUACGUGCGUGAAACUUUUGCUGGAGAAAGUAAACGGAUGGUCAGCGACCUCAUCAGUAAGAUCCAGAAGGCAUACGUGGAAACGCUGGAGGAGUUAAGCUGGAUGGACGCUCCCUCCAAAGAGAAAGCAAGAGAGAAGGCCAUGGCAAUCAAGGAGCAUAUUGGUUAUCCAGAUCAUAUUCUACAGGAGGGCAACCAGAAACUUGACCAGGAGUACGCUCAUCUAAACUUUAGUGAAGAACACUACUUUGAGAACAUCCUGGAGAACCUCAAGUCUGAAGCACACAAGAGUCUGAAGAAGCUCAGAGAACCAGUUGAUCCAGACUUGUGGAUCAUUGGUGCUGCUGUUGUGAAUGCAUUCUACUCACCCAACAGAAACCAGAUAGUGUUUCCUGCUGGAAUCCUGCAGCCGCCUUUCUUCAGUAAACAUCAACACCAGGCCCUUAACUUUGGUGGGAUAGGAAUGGUUAUUGGACAUGAGAUCACACAUGGAUUUGAUGAUAACGGUCGUAAUUUUGACAAGGAUGGUAACAUGCUAAACUGGUGGAGUAAUUACUCUGCGGAGCAUUUUAAAGAGCAGUCUCAGUGCAUGGUGCAACAAUAUGGCAACUUCAACUGGAAGCUAGCAGGUGGACAAAACGUCAGUGGAAUCAGCACUUUGGGGGAGAACAUCGCAGACAACGGAGGGGUUCGUCAAGCAUAUAAGGCUUAUCUGAAGUGGGUGGAGAUGCAGGGUGAAGAGCCGUGUCUACCUGGUCUAGACAUGGAUCACAAGCAACUUUUCUUUCUUAACUUUGCCCAAGUGUGGUGUGGUGCUUAUCGGCCUGAGUAUGCCAGCCAGUCCAUAAAGACUGACUCACACAGUCCCUUAGAAUACAGGGUGCUCGGAUCUCUCCAGAAUUUCGAGGCGUUCUCAGAAGCUUUCCAGUGCCAAAAAGGCAGUCCAAUGAACCCCGAGCUGAAAUGUCGUGUCUGGUAGAAAGUUUUACUCGUGGGAUAUUUAUUUGUUGACACGGGAAAAUCAAAUCAAAAGGAACAAGUUGUACUUUUUAAACCCACAGAGACAUCCUGCUUAAGAUUUAUUCCAGUUUAUUUGAGGCGAGGUGAUCACGCAGAUAUUUGAAUAUUCUGUAGAUGUUUAGAAAAUGGAUGACGUCCUGGACUAUCACUAGUUUCAAAACCUGAAGUAUGUUGUAUACCAUAAAAAAGAAACUUGCUCGAGUAUCCUCUCAAGUUUAAAGUGUCGUCUCUGGAUGAGUAGGUCACUUGUUCUUAUAUUUGCUGUGUCCCACAACAGAUGACGAGUGGGUACGUGAAUGAAAAGGCUACAUAGAAAACAUAACACCUUGUAAAAAGGUUAAAGCUUAUGCCCGACUUUUAAUGCUUUACCACCCUUUCUUGAAUUAAUCCUUUAAAAAAAUCUCCUGUUCAGAUCUUUGUGAUUUAUCCAUUAACAUUUGACACUGAGUUGCCUCGGCGUCUCUCCUCUGACGGACUGUUUUCAAGACAUUGUGCCACUUUAGAAGGAACAAUGGUGAACCAAUCUAACUCUGACUGAAGCGUGAGUAUGAAAUAAAUGAAAGCUCGGGGCUUUGCUGAAGUAAAGCUACAACAGAAUUAGUCACACUCCGAGAGUUUGGUUAUUCACUGUUACACGAAACAAAUUACCUAAAGACUUUAAGACUGUUAAAUCUUUGCAGCUUUAACCUUAAAUUAACAUUCGGAGAGCUCUGCGGCUCUCAACGUUUUUACACUUACUGAGUGGAUAAAUAUUUAAAAAUAUACAAAGCUAUUUAGUACUUUUUGCAGUUUUACAUUUCUUUAUCAUGUUCUGCAAUUGAUUGUUGCUCGGUACUCACUGCAGAAGUGUACGUGUACGUCAUGACUGUUUGCUGUAAGAAACCGUAUUCCAGAUGUUUUGAAAAAAUAUUGGCGACCUGCUACUUUUUAGCUGGUUGAGAAAAAAAACCCAGCACUUGUUGGAGGUAGAGUGAUGUGAUAAAACUGGUCGCUGCCACGUCACACUGUAAUCAGUUUAGAUGCAGGUGUGGGUUUGCUGUAGGUCGUUAAUCGCAGUUGUGUUGCGUGUUUGAAGCUCGCUCCCCCUCUUUUUUCCUGCUUCCACAUAUUCCACCUUUUACAUGAUUUUUAGAGGCUUUCAAGUGUUAAAACUCCUAACACGUGCCAUUUGUUAGAUGACACAUACCUACAAUUACUCAAAAUUAUACUAUCUACAUGUAUGAUAUGUGUAUGUUUACAUUUAACCCCAAAAGGUGGCUGAUCUGUCAAAGAACUGGUGUUUUCUUUCUCUUCACAGUCUCCUAAGAGGAGACUUGAACACAGUGAUUACAAGACUUUUAGCCUCUGGGGCAUAGCCAAUUACAUGCUAAGGGGGAAGAGAGAAGAAAACCCCCUCAGAUACACUCACACAUGGCAGAUGAAGUGGUUUGCCUUCUGAUCUCACAUUGAUCAGUGCCGUCUGAGAUGAAAGGAUGGAGUGCUGUGUGCUGAAGCGUGGUGACCGCUGUAGCUGAGCCACGAGCCCGCGGGCAGACACACUGAAGAAUGGAGCUUGUCAUUAAAGAGAUGGCCAGGGCCAGGACUGUUAUUUUCUACCUUUAUUAACAAGUAAUGACAGGAGAAUCAAAGCUGAGCAGAACUCAUAAGAGAGGAUGGAGGUACCGGCUGCAAGAAGCCGCUGUUUUUGUGCUGAAUGGAGCUUUCAAACGCAGCAGAGAAAAAUAAAACACACAAACAACACACAGCCGGUUUUGAAUGUUUGCUUGUUGUCGUUGGUCACAUUCAGGAUGCCUUGGUAAACUGAACACGACUGUUAGGCCUCAACAGAGGCUGCUGAAUUGAAUGUGCAUACUGAAGCUUUAUAUUCUCAGUCUGUCUCUCAAUCUUCACAUAUUGGCAAAUACUGUUGUGUUGAGCAGGAGGGAAAGACUGUUUUACUCAGAAUGUAAGUGGUGAUAGCGUGCCGCCAUCUUAACGCAAAAGUUCAGCAUUUUGGGAAAUACACUUCAUUUUUCCCCGGUGGAGAAUUAGAUGAGAAAAUAUACCACUCUCAUAUUUAUCUCUUAGGAAGCUAUAAAUAACAUAUGGCUAUCUUAGCUUAGCAUAAAAGAUCAAAACGGGCGAGGAAUAUCCCAGACUACUUGAUGCCUGUGACCAGUAACACGUUGGUUUUUGCAGAGAUUAAACAAACAAGAUGGAAUGUUUUAAUUAGUGAGUUUUGGAGGUGCUGGACGAUAGAUUUUAUUACCUUCAGACAGAACCAGGCUAAUUGUCCCCCCUGUUUUCAGUCUUUGUGCUAAGCUAAGCUAACUAGCUAAUGGCUGUAGCCUUACUCUUAAAUGCUAAAUCUUUUAGGUUUAGGUUAGUUUAGCUUCUUUGAGGUUUCUCUCAUCAGAAAGGCCUCCUCAGUUCUAAAAACUGGUUGGGGAGGUCCAGGUAUUUAAGCUCUUGGAGGUGGUCCCGAGAGUUGUUAACCCACCUGUCGUUAUGUGAGUCGUUAGGGUCACAUGGUUUGAGGUGUGAAUGGGGGUUAAAUUGCCAGGGUAAGAAUCUCAGGACUGUGUUACCUCCGUCCUUUAAAAUUCAAAAUGUGGACAUUAUUGUCCUUGAAGGAGGAGGAAGUUUUUUAGAACCGAGGAAGCCUUUCAGAAUGAGAGGCUUCAGGAAACCUAAAAAAAAAAAGUCCAGCUGCCUUCAACUUGAGCACUUACGACUACCAAGACCUGGAUGACUGAGAACCUACACAGACGUUUUGCUGUAGCUUCACAGUUAACAGACAAACGUGGGAGUGGCAUCGACUUCUCUCACUCUCCACCACAUAUUUUCCAAAAUGUGGAACUAUUCCUUUAAAUAAUGGGGCACAUUUAUCACGUCCUGCUCAGAGAAAUGCUGGAGGCGACAUCAUAAGCUACGAAGCAGCAUCGAGCUGCCGUUUGAAGAGCAACAUCUUAGACUCUUGUAUAGUUUGUCUGAACAGCUCAAAAGUGUUAACUGAACACAAAAGGUACUUAAAUAUAAAAUGUGUUAUUGUAGAGACUUGAUGUUCAGUAUUUACAUAUAAAGGAUUUAAAUCAGGUAAGAAAGAAAGCGUACAUUUCUUACUUUAGUUUUAGAUUCACAUUUACUUACAUGGUGAAAUCGUGUCGUUUUGAAAUGAUCAGCCAAGUACAAUUAUACAUUUUUUGCUAUAUAUGAAUAUGUUUUCAUCUACGGUGUAUACCCAUCAGAGGAAUUUAUUUAUCUACAUGAAUAUUUAUGAAAUAACAUUGUUGCUUUGCAAGAAUUCAGACGUUAAAGAUGUUUUAUGAAUGUUCCUGCUGCUAUGUAAUUAUCUAGACUAACAGCUAUUUUUGUGACUCAGAUCUGUAAUUAUUGCCAUUAAAGUGACUGUCUCAACUGAUAUAA